UUUCAAAAUAUUCCCGGGAGUUCAAACAUAAGGUUAUCGAACAGACUCUGCGACUGCGGAGGGUUUUGGAAGGGUUUAUCAUCUCUUCACAAAUGACUGCCUUGGCACUCGUACGUCGCAGGUUUAAACCCCCUCUACGCGUCUCCCUUCACGAAUAUCGACGCACAUUCUCCAGCUUAGGCGAAGCAGAAGAAGAAAAUUCUCCAAAGCAGAAGCUUCACAUUCCAUGCGAUUUCGAAGUGGACAUGUCACACCCAUCCUACAUCAUAUGGGGGUCAAACACAAGUGUGGGAAAAACUCUAGUUUCCACAGGCCUGGCCACCUCACUCCUCAACAGCUCACAGAACCUUGUAUACAUUAAGCCAGUACAGACAGGCUUUCCUCAAGAUUCCGACUCCAGAUACGUUUACCGCAAGGUCACGGAAAUUUUCAGGCAAAGAAAACCCUUGAACAAUAUUUAUGCUUCUUAUUAUGUAGACAAAACUUCUCCCCGGGCGUGGGAGCUCCUUCCGGGCUCCAAAGGGCGCAGCGCAGAGGCAUCAAGCUACCACGGGCUUCAGGGCAUGAAGAAUGUGGGUGCUUACGAGGGCCAGGCAUUGGAGGGGUCGAAGAAGCGUUUGGAGGCUUUAAAUUUGGUCUGUAAAACGAUUUAUGGCUGGCACGAGGCUGUUUCUCCACAUUUAGCUGCCUCUGGGGAACGAUGCGUGGUGGAGGAUUGCGAGAUCUUGGAGAAUUUGCAGAAUUGUCUGAGGCAAUUUAGCUUUGAUGAGAAUAAUGAAAAUAGAUGGAGUAUUAUUGAGACUGCAGGGGGCGUGGCCAGCCCCGGACCAUCUGGAACUCUUCAGUGUGAUCUUUACAGGCCUUUUAGGUUACCGUCCAUUCUUGUAGGGGAUGGUAGACUUGGUGGUAUUUCUGGAACUAUUUCAGCAUAUGAGACCUUAUGCAUUCGAGGCUAUGACAUAGAUGCAGUUAUAUUGGCAGACGCUGGUCUUUCAAAUGAGAUGUAUUUAUCAACAUAUUUACAUCACAGGGUACCUGUGUUUUUGCUUCCCAAAAUUCCAGAAGAUCCAAACAAUACACUUCUUGAGUGGUUUAGUGAAUCCCACAAAAUAUUUUCUGAAGUUAAGGACACCUUGGAAACAUCAUAUGUGAAAAGAAUGAAUCGGUUACAUGAGAUGCCAACAAAGGCAAAGCAGCUGCUUUGGUGGCCUUUUACACAACACUCUCUUGUUCGUGAACAGUACAUUAAUCUGAUUGAUUCUCGUUUUGGAGAAAAUUUUGGUGUUUACAAGGGCAAGAGUCACAAAGAUGUGAAUAGGGAGUCUAUUGUUCAACAGUUUGAUGCCUGUGCAAGCUGGUGGACUCAAGGACCAAAUGCCAUCUUGCAGUCAGAGCUAGCAAAGGAGGUUGGAUACACUAUCGGAAGAUUUGGACAUGUAAUGUACCCUGAAAAUGUUUAUGAGCCUGCUUUGCGUUGUGCCGAGUUACUGCUUGAAGGUGUGGGCAAAGGCUGGGCUUCUCGUGUAUACUUUUCUGACAAUGGGUCUACAGCCAUAGAAAUUGCUCUUAAGAUGGCAUUUCGAAAGUUUGCUUUUGACCAUGGAUUUAUUUCCGAACUCUAUAAUGGGGACUUGGGAAAGAUUUGCCCUGAAUUCAAGGUUCUUGCUCUUAGGGGAUCAUAUCAUGGCGACACUUUGGGUGCCAUGGAAGCACAAGCGCCAUCAGCCUAUACUGGAUUUUUCCAGCAGCCAUGGUAUUCAGGGAGAGGUCUCUUUUUAGAUCCUCCUAGUGUGUUCUUGCACAACAAGGAAUGGCAGCUUCAGGUACCAGAUGCUCUGAUGUUUUUGGAACUCAAAUGUCCUGGUUUAGCAGGGACAACUUGUGAAGCUUUAUUCUCAACAAAGAGGGAUGAAUCGACUCUUGCCAUGUUGUAUUGUGAUUAUAUAUCACAACAUUUGUCACGAUUUUCAACAUUGUCUCCAUCUAAGCAUGUCGCAGCCCUAAUUAUAGAACCAGUUAUACAUGCUGCUGGUGGAAUGCAUAUGAUAGAUCCACUUUUCCAGCGGGUUCUUGUCAAAGAAUGCCGAAAACAUAGAAUACCUGUAAUAUUUGAUGAAGUGUUUACUGGUUUCUGGCGCCUUGGAGCUCAGUCUGCUGCAGAGCUCCUAGGUUGUGUACCAGAUAUUGCAUGCUUUGCAAAGCUGAUGACUGGUGGAAUUGUUCCCUUAGCUGCUACAUUGGCAACGGAAUCCAUUUUUGGGGCAUUUGAAGGAAAGUCCAAGCUUUUUGCUCUUCUACAUGGGCAUUCCUAUUCUGGACAUGCUGUUGGAUGUGCAGCAGCUGUUAAAGCAAUACAUUGGUUCAGAGAUGCAGAGAUGAAUCAGAACAUUUGUUCAAAUGGAAGCCGAUUAGUAGAGUUGUGGGAUAGCAAACUUGUGGCAGAAUUAUCAGCACAUUCAUCUGUCAAAAGAGUUAUUGCAUUAGGAACACUGUGUGCACUUGAGCUCCAGGCUGAUGAAUCUAAUACUGGGUAUGGGUCGUUGUCAGCAACUUCACUGGUUCAAAAGCUUCGUGAUGAUGGAGUUUAUCUGCGACCUCUUGGGAAUGUUAUUUAUCUCAUGUGUGGGCCAGCUACACCUCCUACUGUGUGUUCUAGACUGCUGCAAAAAUUGCAUAAGAGGCUUGAUGAAUACUGACUUCUGAACAGUAGCAUCUGGAUGUACACCAAGUGGUAGAGAUGGAGUAUCGCCACAAUACAGAUAUGAGUUGGGUUCAAUCCCCCUUGGAAGUUCCUGGGCUUGCUUCUAUGGUGUUGUUAAUGCCUUGAAUUGUGUGUUUGUGAAAAAAGUGCAUGUGAUACAUGCCUAGAGACCGGACCACAAUUUGUGUCCUGGAGGCCAUAGGGCUGUUAGGCCUUCAAUUUUUCAUGUAAAAAUUAAAACUUAUUUAUUGAUUUUAUGAAGGCCUACCGUGCCUUCCAUUUUUUCCAAGAUUGUUGAUAUUCCAAGAGAAUCUUACACGCUCAUCAUCUACCAAGUUUAUUCUACUUGUAAUUUUUACUUCACUACAAGCAACACACAUUCUAGA